AUGACGACCUUUACGAGAUUGGAUGACGACGAGACGCCUCUCAUUGCCAUCCACCACUCGCGGCGCAUCUCCAAGAUUAACCCGAACAUCUAUGCCGGGUUUACCGAGCAUAUGGGCCGUUGCAUCUAUGGUGGUAUCUAUGACCCUGGCAAUCCGCUGUCCGACGAAAAUGGAUUUCGGAAAGAUGUCCUGGAGGCGUUGAAGGGACUCAACAUCCCUGUCGUUCGAUAUCCUGGCGGAAACUUUUGUGCGACCUAUCACUGGCUUGAUGGUGUUGGGCCCAAAGAUCAACGUCCAUCGCGUCCAGAGCUUGCAUGGCUUGGAACUGAGACCAAUCAAUUUGGCACUGACGAGUUCAUGAGAUGGUGCGAGGCUCUCGGGACAGAACCCUAUCUUUGCCUGAAUUUUGGCACUGGUACAUUAGAUGAAGCUUUGGGCUGGGUCGAGUACUGCAACGGUACUGGUAAUACUUACUACGCCAAUCUGCGGAGAAAGAAUGGCCAUGAAAAGCCUUACUGUGUCAAAUACUGGGCUCUUGGGAACGAAACUUGGGGUCCCUGGCAGGUUGAGCAGAUGACCAAAGAGUCAUAUUCUCACAAGGCCAUUCAAUGGGCCAAAGCACUCAAGCUCCUGGAUCCCAGUCUUAUCUUGAUCCUGUGUGGCCAAGAUGGCACUGCCUCAUGGGACUACUACACACUCAAGCACUGUCUUAUGCCUGCUCAGUCGGCCUUGUCUACUAGUUCAGUUCCUCUGAUUGAUAUGCAUAGCAUCCAUCUCUACACAUCCUCAGCCUCGCAUCUUCCCAAUGUUACGGCGCCAUUAGCCGCCGAGCGUGCAAUCGAAAUCACGUCGUCGCUGAUUGACCUUGCCAGGAUUGAGAAUCAAGUUCCUCCAGAGCAAGUUCGCCCGACAAUUUGCUUUGAUGAGUGGAAUGUCUGGGAUCCAAUCCGCGCAGAAGGAAGCAAAGGGGCCGAAGAAAGCUACACACUCUCCGAUGCGCUCGCUGUAGCUGUUUGGUUGAACGUAUUCAUUCGAAAGAGCAGGGAUGUCAGCAUGGCCUGCAUCGCGCAGAGUGUGAACGUCAUCUCGCCGCUGAUGACCACCGACCAGGGAAUUACUAAACAGACCACAUGGUGGCCUCUUUGGCUGUUUUCACGAUUCAUGCGAGGUUGGACGGUGAGCACUCAUGUGUCUUGCGGGACUUACGAGGCCGAAACGUCUCCCACGUGGGUUCGAAGUGCUAAGGAUACUCCUUGGUUGGAUGUCAGUGCCACUCUGGGAGAAGACGGGUUCGCCAGUGUUGCCGUCGUAAAUAUCCAUGAGACACAAGACUUGACAAGUCGAGUGGAGGGUACCCAAGGACCGGUGUUGGUGUUUACAGUGACGGCAGAAGACCUGUUCGCUACAAAUAUGAAGGGCAAAGAAGAAGUGACGAUCCAAGAAUCAACCUGGGGUGGAGAUGGGCAGUAUACAUUCCCGCGACACUCACUCACUCUACUGAGAUGGAAGGCCGAAUGA